GGUUUUCCUUUUGAAUUUGAAGAGUUAAGAGAUUUUUUGAAAGCUUAGGAGGAGUCCUUUUGACUGACAUUAUCGGCCUGCUGCUGCGGUGCUGCCUAUGAACGUGAUAUAUCAAAGCGUAAAAAAAGGGUCUUUGCUGCGUUUUGUGCACAUAUCAAUACAAAAGCCAAAGUGCUCUGAAUGAUUGUCAUCAAUGCAGGCACACACAUAAUAAGGCUCUCUCUUUCCAUUUCUCUCUCUAAAAACAGCCCUAAUUUUUCUAUCUCUUACACUUUUAAGAUAGAGAGAGAAAGAUAAGAAUAGGAGGGGAGAUAAAAGUGGCUGCUUUUAGUUCUGCUGGGAAAAGGCAUGAAAGUGGUAUGGAUGUGGACGAGAUUCAAACGCAUGGGUGCAAAUUUCCCAGAAUCGGUAACGACGGGACGGAUGGAAGAAGGAUGGGUCGAAAUGGGGAUCAGGAUGAUGAUGAGGAAGACGGGGAGGUUAGAAGGGAGGUGUUAAAUGGAAGCGGAAGUGGUCAUAAUAUUGGCGUUAUUGGGAGGUUUUGUGGCUGGCCUUCUUCAAGGAUUGUUAGGGUUUCUCGUGCAUCUGGUGGGAAAGAUCGGCACAGUAAGGUUUUGACCUCUAGAGGGCUAAGGGACAGGCGAAUUCGAUUAUCUGUUUUGACAGCCAUUCAGUUCUACGAUCUCCAAGACCGACUUGGUUUGGAUCAGCCGAGUAAAGCAGUCGAGUGGCUACUAAAGGCGGCGUCGACCUCCAUUGAUGAACUCCCGCCUAUUAAAGCCUCCUUACCUGAAACACCGAAGCAGUUUAGUGACGAGAGAAGGUCGAGUGCUGGCACUGAGCAUGGAUUUGAUUCUAACGAACUAGAAAUCGAUGGUGACCCUAGCUAUCAGCACCACAAUCAUCAUCAACAACAACAACAGCAGCAGAAUGUUAAAUCAGCUUGCAGUAGCACCUCAGAAACCAGUAAAGGUUCGGGUUUAUCCCUGUCCAGAUCUGAAAGUCGUAUAAAGGCUCGGGAGAGAGCUAGGGGAAGGGCGGCUGAGAAAGAAAAGGAGAAAGAGAGCGAUUCUCGUGUGGUCGGGAAUGUUCAAAAUUCUUUCACCGAACUUCUCACAUCUGGAAUGAACAAUGUUAGUAACCAUAGUUCUAGUCCAAGUGGAAAUGGAGAAGGAAAUUUCUUCCAAAAGAACCGUCACUGGUCUUCUUCAGGUGGUCCAUCUGAUGAAUGCUUUACUAGCGGACUUUUUGGUUCAUCAUCUCGCCACAGCAACAACAGGCAUUCUUCUUCUUCUUCUGGAUUCGGUGCUAUCCCAUUCAGUAUAACCGGCGGAGAACAGCAGCAGCAGCAGCAGCACCCUCCUCCUCCAGAACUACAACAGUUCUCGCUCGUCCCUGACCACCACCAGCACCAGCACCACCAGCACCUGAAUAUCCCAGUGGCACACGGUACAGGUAAUGGGAACGAUUACAAUCUGAACUUCACCAUAUCCAACCUCGCUGGUUUUAGCAGGGGGACCCUUCAGUCCAAUUCACCGUCUUUGUCGACGUUGCCUCACCUCCAGAGGUUUAUACCUUUAGAGGGUUCAAAUUCAAAUGCACCCUUCUUUAUAAGCUCCGCAGCUCAAAUGGAGAACCACCACCACCACCACCUACAACAACAACAACAACAGCAACAACAACAAUUUCCAGCUUCGCUUGACGACCGCUUGCAUCUUUACUAUCGUGAUCCAGACCACCACCGGAAGGGGAAAGGGAAGAACUGAGACUUCAUUCUUCUUCUUCUUCUUCUUGGUUUCUUCGUCGCCGUCUUUAUCUCCGGGUACGCAUCUGAAAUCCUUUAAUAAUAAAUUUGCUG